AUGCAGUUUCGACUUUUCUCAUGCCUAAUCAUAUUGAACUGUAUGGAGUACAGCAACUGUCAGUCGCCGUCGCAUCGCUGGAGGAGAAACAAAAGAGCUAGUUAUGGAGCGUACCCUGUCUGUAAAGGCUGCUCGGUUUGCUCCCGGGACAACGGCUGCGUAAACUGCCAGCCCAAGCUCUUUCUGUUCCUGCGGAGAGAGAGGAUGAGACAGUACGGCGAGUGUCUCCACGACUGUCCAUCAGGAUACUAUGGCAUGCGCAGCCCCGAAAUCAACAUGUGCUCAAGGUGCAGGAUAGAAAACUGUGAGUCUUGCUUCAGUAAAGACUUCUGCACAAAGUGCAAGUCAGGUUAUUAUCUACACAAAGGGCGCUGCUUUGACAAGUGCCCAGAGGGCUUUUCCCCGCUGGAGGACACAAUGGAGUGUGGAGAAGGCUGUGAGGUGGGCCAGUGGAGCGAGUGGGGGACCUGCACCAGGAGAAACAAAACCUGUGGCUUCAAGUGGGGUCUGGAGACCCGGACACGGCACAUUGUAAAGAAGCCACCCAAGGACACGAUACCUUGUCCCACCAUUGCUGAGUCCAGGAGAUGCAAAAUGGCCAUGAGGCACUGCAGGAGAGGGGGACCAGGGAAGCACCGACCCAAAGAACCAAAGAAGAAGAAUAACAAGCAGAGGCUCCGGUUUCGUGCCCAGAACCAGCACAGCGACCACCUGGCCUCUGUGCGCUCCGGCCAAUAAAAGGACACGGACCGCCCUGUAGAAGACAGAACCUACGCAAAGCUGCUAGCCGCUGCUACACACAUGUACCCCUCCCCCCAGCACAUGACAAAACACAAUCCCAGCCAAGACAUCGCACCACAUAACGUCUGUGUCUAGCGUACAGUGUCAGCAUCAAUACACUAAACACUCGCUUCAGUGUCUCUGCCUUCUUUCUCUCAUCCCCCCUUCCCCCACCUCCGUGUUUGCAAUGACCACCCAAUCAUGUCGCCCCCCCCCAACCUUUUGGCCUUGUGACCCUUACUGCCGUACCGUCAUUGAACUCAUAAAGGA